AUGACUCAUCAUGCACUCAUCACCAUCCUCCUGAAACUCCUCUACCUAUUUACCGGCCUCUUCCUCUACAUCUCCACCCUGCCCGUCCUUCUAGUAUGGCGUCUAUCCCUCGCCCUCCUCUACCCCUUCCUCCUCUACACUCGCGCACUCUCCCACUACCAAACCCACCGUAGCACUCUACACACCCUCUCCAUCCUGCAACCGACCAUAAAAUACCGCUUGGGCAUCACAUGCACCACCCUCCUCCUCACCCAAGCCACUCUUACCGUAGCACUAGUUGAGAAGUCUCUCAUGCAUUUCUCUUCUUGGUUCACUGCGCAUGCUCAGAGAACGGAAUACAAGAUCGAGCAUGAAAGAGAGUGGCGGAGUGAGCUUUUACUGUAUGUAUCGGGCUUUUUGCUUGUUUGUGCACCGCUCUGCGGUACGCUGGGGGUGGGGGCGGGGGUGCUGUGGUACGUAAGGGAGAUAUGGAUGUGUAGGAGUUUUGAUGGGGAGGAGAUUGAUAGGCAGUUUGAGGGGAAGGGGGAGGGAGAUGAGUUUGGUGUCAUGGAGGGUCCAGUUUUACCGUUUGAAGUCUCGAGAUGUAGCGGACUUGUUGCAUCGAAGGACCUAGGGGAUAUGCAGGAUUGGGAGGAUGUGGAUAUUUCGGUUCCUUCGCCAGUCGUGGUUCCGGCAUCACGAGAAAGAUUCAAGAGUAAUCCCUACACGCUGGCUGGUGUGAUGGCUAUUUGGGAUUGGGGGAGCGAUAGGGUAACUAGGGGGUAUGAUGGGCGAGAUAUGCGGAAAAAGAAUUUUGAAGAGGAUAUUGAGAUGGGUGGAGGGUCGAAGAGGCUAUGA